AUGAAAAACACAUUACAUGUGUCACACAGAUGCACUUCAAGCAACGGUGAAAUAGCCCAUGAUUUUUUCCCGCUCAUUCGUGAAUACAAAGACGGACGCGUAGAGAGAUUCAAGGACCAUGAUUUUGUUCCCCCAUCUCUCGAUCCCUGCAGUGGUGUUUCAUCAAAAGACGUCGUCAUCGCACCAGAAACCGGCAUAUCUGCACGCCUGUACCUUCCAAGCACCACCUACUACCCACAUCGGAAGAUCCCCCUCCUCGCUUACCUCCACGGUGGUGCCUUCUGCAUCGAGAGCGCCUUCUCCUCCACCUACCACCGUUUUGUCAGUUCCUUAGUCGCCGAAGCCCACGUGGUGCAUCCUCUCCCCACCGCCUACGACGACUGUUUUGAAGCUCUGAAAUGGGUAGCCUCCCAUUCGAAAGGGGACGGGCCUGAGGCCUGGUUGAACGAUCACGUCGACUUCGACCGAGUGUUUCUGGCCGGCGACAGUGCGGGUGCCAACCUAGCACACUACGUCGCCAUGCGGGUGGGAGAGUCCAGGGUGGAUGGCCUGAACAAGAACAAGCUUAUCGGGUUGGUUCUAAUCCAUCCAUACUUCGAGGUGAAGGAGCCGCUGGGUCCGGAGGCAAGCGAUGAGGAGAAGAAGGCCAAGGUGGGUAAGCUGUGGCAAUACUUGUGCCCGUCAAUAAUUGGGUGCAACGACCCGAAGAUAAACCCAGCAGCAGAUCCGAAGAUAUCGGGUCUGGGGUGCAGGCAGGUGGGUAUAUGGGUGGCGGAGAAAGACUUUCUGAGGGAGAAAGGAGGAUUGUUAUAUUACGAAGUGGUGAAGAAAAGUGGAUGGGGAGGUGUGGCAGAGGUGAUAGAAGAGGAAGGGGAGGACCAUGUUUUCCAUCUAGUGAAGCCCGAUAGUGAGAAGGCCGUGGCCAUGACGAAACGCCUCGCUGCUUUUCUCAACCACCACUACCAGGACAAGGUAUGA